AUGUCGGAAACGAAUAUUCAAAUUGUGACGAUCAUCAUUCUCGGUCUUCUCGGCCUAAUCGGUGGAAUCGCAGCCAUUCGUGUCGUUUUGACGAGUUCAAUUCUGAAAGGAAUCGUCCGUCACUAUUGUCUCUGUAUCAUCAUCUCAUCAAGUCUCAUCAAUCUCUCGCAUCUCUUUUGGGGAGCACCAAGAGCUCUGUGGUCUUCUCUUAGUAAAUACGAUGUUUUGGAUAACACGAUUGGUUUCAUCGCAUUCACUUCUGUUUCAGUCAUGUAUAUAGCAAAGAUUCUAUUAGCUUUCAAUCGUUUCAUGGCAAUCUCGUGGAACGGAGCCUACUAUCGAUCUUUGGAGAAAGUGCAAUUCAUCCAAUACUUUCUCCUCAUUGCAUAUUCCGUUAUCAUGUCGGCGCCGAUGCUUUUUCCUGGUUUUCGCGUGAUCUGGGUGAAUGAUGGAAAAAGUUUUUGGUUUAUUGAGGACAGUCCAAAUGCUGAACUUUAUAUGAAUAUUACACAGCCCUGGGCCGCUUAUUUUGUGAUCGCUAUUUGUACCUCAUUGGACAGUAUGACGUUUUUCUUGAUUAAGAAGAGAAUAAUGGUGAAAAUU